GUGCUCAGCUCCUGUUUUUGGCAAUGUGUUACCACCAAACGCACAUUCUGCAAAGAUGUCGUGUCUGCGCAUGUUUAGAACCCACCAGAUGUUCAGGUCUCAGGCAGCUCCAAAGCCAGAUCUGAAUUAGUACAGAAAACACUUAAAAUAGAAAUCAUGGCAGCAGCAUACUUGAAUCAGUUGCAGCACAUUUUUAGACUGGUUUUAUAGGGCUUACACAGAAGGUGUUUGUGUUUAUUAAAAGUACUUGGAAUCCAAAUAGUUUUUAUUGCUAGGGGGUCCAAGCUCCUGUUAACACUUCCCUUGCUUGAGAGAAGUAUUUAAACAAAUACUUUUCUUAGUUAAAAGCCUCGAGUUCCCCAGGAGUUUUGUUAGACCAGCUUUUUGUGUGCACGUGAGAAAAAAUACAGACCUCACAAAGAGAGCACCUUGCAAGCAGGACUAUAUGUAGAUAUAAUUAUCCCAUCCAAAAAAAUCUGUUAGCUUUGUUCAGGAAACUCUUACGUUGUACCACUCUGAAAAACUUUUGAUCUGCAUCUUCAUGUGUAGGGUUUGCUAGUAUAUUUGCACUACUUCCAUUUUAGCAGAUAAUGGACCAGUUCAGGUAUUUUCAAUGAAAAAAGAAGUGUGAAAGGGGCCAUCCUUGUUUCCAGUUUCUGAUAUGAGCCUGGUGUAUGAAGAUCAGAACUGACUUUUUUUCCUCUGUUCUAUGCUGUACAUAGCCUUACAGUUGGAGGACUGGAGAAUACAUAAUGCAGGUUUAAUGCAUUAUUUUGCUCAGUCAUCCUGCAUGGGUCAUGCUUCCCUUGGAAUUUAAAGACCUUGCUUCAGUGCAGAUCUAGGGUCUUAGGCUGCAACUGAUUAGUGUGCAGAGUUGAACUAAUUGCAUACAUGAUGCUUGGUUCUUCCAAAUGUAGACAGUAGGUAACUGCAUUAGAUACUUUAGAGUACUAGAAAAGUAGUGCUGUUUGGGAGCAGAAGUGUCUGGCUGUGAAAACACUGGACACAAAAUUAGCAUGUAUAACUGAGAAGCCUGUGUUGCAUAGAACUUCUGGGAAUACUUACAUUAAGUGGUACAUUUUGUGGUCCUUUCAACUUGGUGACUGAAGACUUUGGAACUUCUGAAGAAAUGUCAGGAGUGAGGGCUCCUGAUAAUCUGUGUCAUGUGGCCUUUUACCAUAGUGGCACAGUGAAACCUGAAUUUAUUUGCUCUGAUAGAUUUGUGAUGCUCCAAAUUUUUUUUUCUGUAUUAAAUAUCUGAAUGAGAGAAACAUCUGUCAGUUUUUACAUCCCUUGGUUGGGAGUCUAAACUGACACUUAGGAAACUGAAUGUCCCAGGUAAGUGCCCUUGUUGUUGUUUGAGUUUGGAAUCAAUCUUUUUAGUUUGACCACAAAUUUGAUCAUGAAACUGAAGAAUCUCUUCAGUUUUACUGAAAUUGAUGUGCUACUCUGUGUGUACGUUUUCUUGUUUUUAAAAAUCACUUUUGAAAAACUUUUCUAGAAGGAUGGAGAAUUCUGAUUAGUAUCAUGUGUUUAACAUUCGGUGCUGCCCCUUCACAUCUGUUGUGUGGAAGCCUUUAUUCAAGGAUUAGUAGUAUUCAUGAAAUGCAGUUGUUUAAUAUGGAGAAUUGCAGGUUUGGUAGUCUUUUGGUUGAUAAUUAAGCUGUUCGUAUAGUUCAUUUUGGCAACAUGUGAUUUGUUAUUCAGUAGAGGACAAAUCAAGGAUGAAACAGCAAUUGAAUGACAUAUUAGUAGCAGUCCUACUGCUUAUUUUUGCUUUUUAAGUGCUUUUGAAUCAAAAUGUAACAGCAUACAAAAUAACUAUAUUUUAUUCUUUCAGAAAUUACCUGUGAUUGUAGUAACACUUGGUAAAAUCACUGUAACACUAAGUUUUCUGAAAAGACCAGUGUCACAGUAAUUCUUCUUAUAUUGCUUUCCUUCUCUCAGGUUAGGUUUCAUUCCAUCCAGGCUAUGUUAUGUACAAGAGUAACAGCUGCUUGAGGGGUGAAGAGAUUUGGAGUCAUCUGAAAAGUAAACUUGGGGGAUGGAUAACUUUCUUAUUGCUAUUUAUUUUGCUGCUACUUGUUUAUUAGAAACAUGAAUUUUCAUAUAGGAUUAAACACGUAUUCCUGUAGCCUGUCUCAAAUAGUCAGUAGUACUAGAUGUUUCAGAAACAGGCAGUUUGUAAUUCCUUGCUUCUGUAACAGGAGGGACCAGGUGUUUUUUUAAUCUUUUGUAUCAUUUUUUUUCUCCUUUUGCCAACAUCAUAUUGGUGUUCUUCGGAAUAUGUCCUCAUCUUCAGAACAGGUUUCAUUCCUGCUUCUGAAAGACAAGAAAGUUCAUUUCCACCGAGAUGAUUUAGUGAAAAUCAGAAGCAGGACUUUAUUGUGUAGUAAUUAGAAGAGAUGAGGAGAAAGGUGCCUUCAAAUGACAAAGGGAAUUCCUUAUAAACAGUUGACUGUUGGUGUCCCCAAGGAGAUAUUUGAGAAUGAGAAGAGAGUGGCUCUUUCACCAGCUGGAGUUCAAGCCUUGGUUAAACAAGGCUUCAGUGUUGUGGUGGAAUCUGGUGCUGGAGAAGCCUCCAAAUUUUCUGAUGACCAUUACAGAGAAGUUGGAGCAAAGAUCCAGGGGACCAAGGAAGUCCUGGCUUCGGAUUUGAUUGUGAAAGUGAGGGCUCCUAUAUACAACUCGGCUCUAGGUGUGCAUGAGGCAGAUCUUUUUAAGACGGCGGCGACCCUGAUUAGUUUUGUCUACCCGGCACAAAAUCCAGACCUCCUGAAAAAACUAGCAGAAAAAAAAGCUACUGUCUUGGCUAUGGAUCAGGUUCCACGGGUCACCAUUGCUCAGGGAUAUGAUGCACUUAGCUCCAUGGCCAACAUUGCUGGUUACAAGGCUGUGGUACUGGCAGCAAAUCACUUUGGUCGAUUUUUCACAGGUCAAAUCACAGCUGCUGGUAAAGUUCCUCCAGCAAAGGUUUUGAUCAUCGGAGGAGGAGUUGCUGGCCUGGCUUCUGCAGGAGCAGCGAAAUCGAUGGGUGCGGUGGUUCGUGGAUUUGAUACUAGAGCUGCAGCUUUGGAACAGUUCAAGUCUCUUGGUGCUGAGCCUUUGGAAGUAGACUUAAAGGAGUCUGGAGAGGGACAAGGUGGUUAUGCUAAAGAGAUGUCCAAAGAAUUUAUUGAAGCUGAAAUGAAACUCUUUGCCAAACAGUGCCAAGAUGUUGAUAUUAUCAUCACUACAGCACUGAUUCCAGGUAAAAAAGCUCCUAUCUUGUUUAAGAAAGACAUGAUUGAAUCAAUGAAGGAGGGUUCCGUUGUUGUGGAUUUAGCUGCAGAAGCAGGGGGAAAUAUUGAGACUACAAAGCCUGGAGAAAUGUAUGUUCAUAAGGGUGUUACACACAUUGGGUACACAGAUCUGCCUAGCAGAAUGGCUACUCAGGCCAGUACCCUGUAUUCCAAUAAUAUUAUCAAACUUCUAAAGGCUAUUAGUCCUGACAAAGAGAACUUCUACUUGGAUCCAAAAGAUGAAUUUGAUUAUGGGACGCUGGAUCAUGUUAUUAGAGGAACUGUAGUAAUGAAGGAUGGCAAGGUCAUUUUCCCAGCACCUCUACCAAAUAAUAUUCCUCAAGGAGCACCUGUGAAACAGAAGACUGUAGCAGAGCUGGAAGCGGAAAAAGCAGCUACUAUUACACCUUUUAGAAAGACUAUGACUAGUGCAUCUGUAUACACAGCAGGUUUAGCUGGUAUGUUAGGACUGGGCAUUGUAGCACCUAAUGCUGCUUUCACUCAGAUGGUGACAACAUUUGGCCUAGCUGGAAUAGUGGGUUACCACACAGUGUGGGGUGUGACUCCUGCUCUGCACUCUCCACUCAUGUCGGUGACUAAUGCUAUCUCAGGUUUAACUGCAGUUGGUGGGCUGGUAUUGAUGGGAGGACACUAUCUCCCUGAAAACACUCCUCAAGGUUUAGCAGUGCUUUCAGCCUUUAUCUCUUCAGUCAAUAUUGCAGGUGGGUUUUUAGUCACACAGAGAAUGCUGGAUAUGUUCAAACGUCCCACAGAUCCUCCUGAAUACAACUACUUGUACCUGCUUCCUGGUGGUGUAUUUGUAGGAGGCUAUGCAGCAGCUCUCAGUGGUGGCUAUAGUAUUGAACAGGUGAUGUAUCUGGGCUCAGGACUAUGCUGUGUUGGUGCCCUGGCUGGUCUGUCUACUCAAGGAACAGCUCGUCUUGGAAAUGCUUUGGGUAUGAUUGGUGUUUCAGGAGGUUUAGCAGCAACUCUUGGAAGCCUUAAUCCCUCACCUGAAUUGUUGGCGCAGAUGUCAGGUGCAAUGGCACUUGGUGGUACCAUAGGUCUGACAAUAGCUAAACGCAUCCAAAUUACAGAUCUGCCUCAGCUGGUGGCUGCUUUCCACAGUUUGGUUGGUUUGGCUGCCGUGCUCACCUGUGUAGCAGAAUACAUGAUUGAGUAUCCUCACUUUGCUACUGAUCCAGCUGCAAACCUCACUAGGAUUGUGGCCUAUCUUGGCACAUACAUUGGUGGGGUGACUUUCAGUGGCUCUCUUGUUGCUUAUGGAAAACUGCAAGGUAUCCUGAAUUCUGCCCCUCUGCUCUUGCCUGGUCGACAUGCAUUAAAUGCGGGAUUGCUGGCUGCCAGCAUUGGCGGAAUGGUUCCGUACAUGAUGGAUCCCAGUUACACUACAGGAAUUACUUGCCUAGGUUCUGUGUCAGCACUCUCAGCCAUCAUGGGUGUCACUUUAACAGCAGCUAUUGGAGGUGCUGACAUGCCUGUAGUUAUUACUGUCCUGAACAGUUAUUCUGGAUGGGCUUUGUGUGCUGAGGGCUUUCUACUGAACAACAACUUGCUGACCAUUGUUGGUGCACUCAUUGGCUCCUCUGGGGCCAUCCUCUCUUACAUCAUGUGUGUGGCUAUGAACCGUUCCCUUGCAAAUGUGAUUCUUGGGGGCUAUGGCACUGCAUCCACAGCUGGAGGGAAGCCCAUGGAAAUUACCGGAACCCACACAGAAAUCAAUGUGGACAAUGCAAUUGAAAUGAUAAAAGAAGCCAAUAGUAUUAUUAUUACUCCAGGUUAUGGUUUGUGUGCAGCAAAAGCUCAGUACCCAAUAGCUGAUCUGGUGAAGAUGUUGAGAGAACAAGGGAAGAAUGUCAGGUUUGGUAUUCACCCUGUGGCUGGCCGUAUGCCUGGUCAGCUGAAUGUACUACUGGCAGAGGCUGGUGUUCCCUAUGAUAUUGUACUGGAAAUGGAUGAGAUCAAUGAAGACUUCCCAGAAACUGACUUGGUCCUUGUAAUUGGUGCAAAUGAUACAGUUAAUUCAGCAGCUCAGGAAGAUCCAAACUCUAUCAUAGCUGGAAUGCCAGUUCUUGAGGUCUGGAAGUCCAAACAGGUCAUUGUAAUGAAGAGAUCUCUGGGAGUUGGUUAUGCAGCAGUGGACAAUCCAAUCUUCUACAAACCCAAUACUGCCAUGUUGCUGGGAGAUGCCAAGAAGACUUGUGAUGCCCUGCAAGCGAAAGUCAGGGAAUCGUAUCAAAGCUAAAUACUGAUUUGUAUUCUGUUUAUGUUUGCAACCACAGUUUUGUCACAGAGGUGAUGGAAAACAAGAGGUAGAAGAAUCUCUCGUUGUUAUAAGGCAACUGGCUUUUGGAGAAGACUGCAUUGACUCCUAGGAGAUGUAGUUUGGUCAGGGGAUAUAGACUUUUAUAAAAAAGAUGGGCCGAUUAGCCCUUCAAACUAAAUCUCCAGUAAGGCAAUGCAUUAAAAAAUGGAAAUGUGCAUUUUAAGGUUAACAUUUUGCUGUUAUAAGAAUGAACUAAUAACUCAGUCAUCUUUAAGUAGUUACUGACUUCCUCCUUCUUACUGUCUGUACUUCUGUCAUGGAAAUUCACUAAAAAAUGCUGUGCCAAAACUGUAUUCAGUCUUAUCAUCAAAGCGGUAUUUUGGCUGGUAUGGACAAAACAACUGUUGAUUUUAUCAAAACUUAAAAAUAAAUUUCAAACAGAUGCAAGCAGAAGUAAAUCCUUGCAUGUCCCUUUGAACUCAGGACGUUCUAGCAUAAAAUAGAUGCUUACAGGAUUUGAAAUUCUAAGCAUUACGCUCUUUUUCUUUUGGGGAUUGUGUGGAUGCUGUGAAUCAGGAACAUUUUAGGAAAGUUACUUUUCUUUAAAAUACGGUUCCAAUUUUUUAUGGUGCACACUUAUGUUAAAUGAAACACAGGAUUUCAGGCACUUGCCAAGUAAUCUUCAAGUCUGACAAGGAAAUGUACAUUUACUUGCACGGCUUAACUAUUUUAAGCAACUGCUCAAUUCUCUAUCUUUUCCAGUUGUUGCCUUUUUAAGUGUCUGAGAAAAAAAAUACAGUCCAGUUCUGCACAGACAGAACAUCUUGCAUACCUGAUCUGUUCACAGAAUUUGGACCACAGUGUUUCAGUUUGUUCACUGAGAAUUUUUAUUGUAUUUACUACUUCAAAAUUUAGUGAUGCUUUCUCAAUUAACAUUUUUGUAAUGCUGGAAGAAACACUUUUGAACUCUCCCUCUCUACUCUGCUAUUGUGAGACCCCACCUGGAGUGUUCUGUUGAGCAGCUGGGCCCCCAGAACAAGAACAAUGUUGACCUGUUAGCACAAGUGCAGAGGAGAGAUACUAAGUUGAUUACAGGGCCCGAGCACCUCUCCUAUGAAGACAGACUGAGAGGGCUGGGGUUGUUCAACCUGGAGAAGAGAAGGCUCUGGGGAAACCUUAGAUCACCUUCCAGUACCUAAAAAGAGGUCCAUAAGAAAAAUGGAGAGGGACUUUUCACAAGGGCUGAUAGUGGUAGGACAAGGGGGAAUGGCUGCACACUAAAAGAGAGUAGGUUUAGAUUAGGUAUUAGGAAGAAAUUCUUCACUGUAAGGCUGGCGAGGGAGUAGAAAAGGUUGCUCAGAGAAGUUGCCGACUCCCCAUCCCUGGAAGUGUUCAAGGCCAGACUGACAGGUAACGUGAUCUAGUGCAAGUUUCACUGCUCAUGGCAGGAAGUUUGGAACUAGAUGAUCUUUAAGGUCCCUUCCAACCCAAACCAUUCUGUAUUUAAGAUGCUGGAGUUUAUUAGAUUUUUUUCUAAAUAAAUGAGCUAUUGUUUGGACAGCACAGAAACAUACUAAACUUGAAAUCCAGUGUAUUUGAUUAGUCUCACUAAUCUAAUUAAAAGCACUUAAAUUCCAAGCAUAAGUCCAGCAAAGUUAAAUUAUGACAUGGAUUGCUGUUUUGCUUUUAUUAUAUUAAGUAUACUUGAGUGAAACUCAAAUAUUUACCUCAUAAAAUGAAUUUGUCGUAUGUUUUCCUAAUGAUGUGACAACUGUCUAUGGUGAUGAAGGCUAAAUAGAACUGUCUGUGCUUGUGUUAGAAAGCAUUCAUACCUGGGGAAGACAAACUAUUAUGGAGUAAGUCUUGAAAUUAAUCUGUCUUACUUGAUAGAACAAACAUUUUUUCAUUACACCAUGCAUAGAGACCUCAUAUAAAAUACUGUAUUUCUUCUUGGCUACCUCUGUUUUUAUGUGAAGAUCACCUAAAACACAGACUUUGAAUAGAUAAUGCAUUAAGAAAUGUAGCAGUAUACGAAAGAUCUACCCUUUUUGCAGAUCUCUUUUAUAUAAUUUGACAUAAAAGUUAUCAUGCAAGCAUUAAUAUGUUGUAUACUGCAGGAAAAGACUUGUAAUUUUUAUUUAAAACAUCAUGGCAGCUAUAUUUGAAUGUAGCACCUAUGGCCUCUUGAUUUCAUUGUAUUCAGCUUUUCCUUCAGGUCUACGAACGCUAGGGAAAUGGAAGAAGAAGAAAGACAAGGAAAUAAUCUUCUAUCUCUCUCCCUCACAACUAAGAAGAAAAAAGAAAAAAGGGAGAUUUGAAGGGAUCUAAAAUCCUAAAGUAUUCAUUUUUGUCAUGUUGCGGUAUCUAACUGCAGUAUGCAUCAUGUCUCUGCUUAUGGGUAGCUAAUAAAAGACCAAGCUUUUCUUUAAAAAAUAACAAAUAACAAGGGAGGGGGAACAGUUUACUUUGUAUUUGGAAAAAACCCCACACUAUUACCUUGGAUCAGAAGUACAAUGUUACCUUUAAAAUGUGCUUUACCAUGGAACACCAGGUAAUUGUUAAAGUGCUAAUAAAAAGUCAGUUAUUUUUCUCUGUUGA